UUUUGUGGACAAAUUAUUUGCCGGCAAACUGAACUGAAAAUCUCAUGAUGGCGGACUGGUCUCUACUCCCCAAAGAACUCCUGGAGGAGAUCGCCAAACGCCUCGGCAGCCCCUUCUACCUUCUCCGCAUCCGAUCCGUCUGCUCCUCCUGGCGCUCCUACAUCCCUCCCCGACCUCGCCGCCUCCCCGGCCGCUUCCCCUUCCUCACCAACUACGGCAUCUCCGACUCCACCCUCGGCUUCCACCUCUCCAAACGCACCGUCUUCCUCAUCGCCCUCCCCAGCUCCCCCCACCGCUGGCUCGUCAAGAUCGAGGAGGACGUCCCCGGCCGAACGCACCUCCUCAACCCUCUCUCUCGCUUCGCGCCGCGCCGCCUGCCGGAGAGUUUCCCCAAGGUACUGGACUUAUCUCGGUUCCGGAUUCUCGAUUUGGCCGAGGAGUUUGUGCUCCAUCACGUGAAUUUUAGGCCUCUGGUUAACGCCGCUGCUAAUUUGUAUAUGGAAAAAGUUGUGUUCAUGUGUUUGGGAGAUGAGAGCAGUGAUUACGUGCUGCUGACGAUUCAUGUGUCUGGAGAAUUGGCUUUGUUCAAGUCUGUGGAUAAGAAAUGGAGUAUAAUUCAUGACAUGCCGUCGCCUUAUGAUGAUGUGAUCUUGUUUAGGGGGGAGUUUUAUGCUGUUGAUGGCGCAGGGAGGACGGUGAGGGUUGCAUUGGAGGAGAUGAGUCCCAUUUUGGCUGCCAAUCCGGUGUAUGGCGGCGACAAGAAGUUUCUGGUGGAGUCGAGUGGGGAGUUGUUGGUGGUGGAUAUGUACUUGAGCACGGAUCAGGAGCUGGAUUGGGAGGAGGAAGAGGAGGAGGUGUCUCAGGUGCAGUUGGAUGGGUGCAUUUACGAGAGGACGGUCAAGUUUAAGGUGUAUAAGGUGGAUGAGGGAGGGCAGAAGUUGGUGCAGAUGAAAAGCUUGGGGGAUAGGGUGUUGUUUUUGGGGGAUGACUGCACAUUUUCUGCCGCAGCGUCCGAGUUGUCGGGUUGUAGAGGGAAUUGUAUCUAUUUUACGGAUAAUUUCUUCCAUACAAGUGGGGAAGAAGAAGGGACGUUCAAGGGUCGGGAGAUAGGUGUUUUUGACUUGGAUAGUGGUGCUAUUACACCCCUAUCUGAUUAUCCAGAGUCUAUGAAGCUACUUUGGCCACCCCCUGAGUGGGUUUCACGGACAGCAUCUCAAUAGAUGCAGCUGGUGCAAACUGAUUUCGAAAGACUAGCUUUGUAAAGUUGCGUUGGAAUUAUAGCUGCUCAUGGUAAAUCAAGUGCAAGGUGAAGAUGGCUUUAACCACACCUUUCCCAACUGUCAGGAACCAUUACAGCGUCAGGUUUUUGGCCAGCCAUUUACAGUCAUUCAAGUGGAUCAAAGGUUCCUUACACACGAGGAGCUUUUAAGCUGAUGACACCCUAGUUCCUUUUCUAUUUAAAUUCGUUAAAAAUAAGAUGCAGAAUUGGCAGCACGGCAGCAAUACUGCGUUUUGUAUCUAUUUCAUUUUGCUUGUGAAUAGGUGAAUAAAUAGCCAAACUGUUGACCCUCUUGUUCCAUACUAAUUGUCCUAAUCUUUCUGAUAUUUAUAGAUUCAUAUUGAGA